CUAAACUUUCCUCUGUCAGUAGAUGCAUGUGAAAACCCUGCACACCAAAAGUCAAACAUUCAAUCAAGUGAGUGUGAAGAGUAUUUUAGUGUUGAUGUUUUCUUUACACUGUUAUGUGUUUUCUACAUUUGUUUUCUGGACUUGGAGAAGACUUACAACCAUGUACCCCAGGGAGUCAUGUGGGAUGUGUGAGGUACCGAGCCAUCCGGUCCUUAUAUAACUGGAGUGAAAGCCGUGUCCACAUUCUCAGCAGGAAGUCAAACACUUUGCUCUUUGCAGAUUAUGUGGUUCUGGUGACUUCAUCAGACUGUGACCUCCUGCACGCACUAAGGUGGUUUGUAGUUGAGUGUGGAGAAGUCAGGGUGAGAGUCAGCACCUCCGAGUCUGAGGCUGUGGUUUUCUGCCAGAAAAUGGUGGAUUGCUUUCUCUGGGUUGGGAGUGAGUUACUGCCCCAAGUAAAGGAGUUCUCAGGGUGUUGUUCACAAGUGAGGGUGAGAUGGGCAGGCGGAUUGAUGCAAAGCCGGAAGGCUAAGCUCUCGAUUUACCAGUUGGUCUAUGUUUCGACCCUCACCUAUGGUCAUGAGCUUUGGAUAGUAACCGAAAGAACAAGAUCACAGAUAAAAGCAGCCACAAUUAGGAUAAAGAGCUCAGACAUCUGGAGGGAGAUUGGAUUAGAGCCACUGCUCCUUCGCGUUGAAAGGGGCCAGUUGAGGUGGUUCAGGCAUUUGAUCAGGAUGCCUCCUAGGGGCCCUAAUUUGCAGGGUUUCCAGUUACAUCCAACUGAUAGGAGACCCCAGGGUAGACCCAGAGCACACUGGAGAGAUUAUCUCAGGCUUGGGAACAUCUCGGGAUCCCUAAGGAGGAGCUGGAAAAAGUACCUGGGAAGAGGGAUGUCUGGACUACCUUGCUUAGCCUGCUGCCACUGCAACCCGCCCCCAGAUAAGUGGCAGAAAACACACAACAGUAACUUUAUUAGAUUAGUUGUUUUUUUUUAUGAGGAAAGAAGUGAAACACACACACACACACCAGGGUACCCAAAAGACAAUCUUUCAUUGCACAUUCUGCAUAGCAGCAGUAUGAAGGCACAACCUUUCUAUUUAAAACAUCAUAUAAGUGCAUGCUUGAUUAUAUUCAUCCAUUAGCUUAACCCGCUUAUCCAAAUCAUGUUAAUUGAUUUGAGCAGAUUCUAGGGAGUAGGAUAAGGUUGAGAGUUUAUCGUUAACUUAUGUGUUCAUGGUCGUUUUAAGGGCACAUGGCUGCAAACUUUUCAUCAAAUUACCUGAUUUUGCAUACAUGGCUGAUUUUACAAGUUAUUGCUGAUGUUGCUGGCUUUUACGAAAAUAGCACUCUGAAUUUUCAGUGCUCCAUUUUUCUGAUAUAAGUCAUAUUUUAUAAUUUCUUUAAUUACUUGCAUAUGAUCUUGUUUUAUAGAUGUUUAAAUGCUUCAUCAAUGCACUUUCUUUACAGUGAAUAUAUCAUUUUCUAAGAAUAUAUCAGCAAUUCUUCUUAAACACAUUUCCACUAUUCAGUUAAAUACUACUGUAUUCUACAUUUCACUCCAUCCUGCACAUAAUUACUUCCACCAAAGAUAGCUCAUUCUGGUAUUAUUAUUAUUAUUAUAAUGUGGACUAUUUAAAAGAUGAAUUGAUUUUAUUAUAUUGCAUCACCUUGUAUAAGAGGAGCAUUGAUGUCUAUCAAUUUUUCUUAUAGCAAGCAGCUUAGCAGAGUAGGGAAUUCCCGACAGUGCACAGUGUUAUGCUAUGGACUUAGCGGAUAUUUCAAGUCACUACAUUAAAUAUUCACAUUUAGGGGCUGUUUGGAAACAAAUACCUGUUUGGGCUGUGCUCUCAGUUUAUCCACUGUUGAUAGAAAAAUCCGCUCAGUGUGCUUUGUUCUCUUUUUAACAGUGUUUUUACCCUCCAAAUGUAUUAAUAUCUCAAGUAUGUAAAUGCAACACUAUUUCCCUCCUUACUAUUAUAAUUUACUAAUGUUUAUUUUAUAACACUACUGCUAUACUUGAAUAUUAGAAGGUGUGAUAUAAGCAGUGAUGGUGUAGCAAUGACACACAACAGGUUAGAUGAAGAGAAUAACAAUGCUGCGACAUGUUUUCCCCAUUUUGUCACGGUAUAGUGCUGAAUAAUUGUUAGCGUAGCUUGAACCACAGCCAUAGAAUCCAGCAAAGAGAGAGGCAGCAGUGCACUGCUGGCACCAACUGUUAGGUACUGAGUUAUAGUGUCUGUGCUGCUAAUCAGUGUUAGAUUUGUUUGAAGUGCGAGAACAUGUGAUGGUUUGCAGAGUGGGAUAUUUUGUUAUGCAUGUUAUUAAUUGAUUUUACGUGUUUUAUGCGAGGAAAGUGGUCACUAUGCCUGCUUAUAGAUUUAUGGAAUGAGGAACUUGAUGGAACUUUGUUUUACACAAAGCCCAAGAAAAGUAUUAUAAGUCUUGAUGUACAUUUAUUGUUUACCUGUUGAAUUCAUCCAGAUUUAGUUUGUUUAAGAACAGUAUGUUAUCAGGUUAUUUAUUGUGUCUUUUGUUUACUAUCCAACCUGAAAAUAUUGGCUAAGUCAUUUUAUAGCCCCUGAAAACUUGAUUUUAGAAUUUAAGUAUUUCUCUGUAACAUUAAAGAUUCAUGACAAAUAAAGCAACAAACAAAGUUAAAGUUAGAAAAAAAAUCUUUAGUUAUUAUUUAUUGAGGGUUUAAAAAA